UAUUUCAAUAGCUUCUUGUUCUCUUUCCUUAAGAUUCACGUGUAACAUGGAAGUUAAAAACAGAUCAGUUGUUUUGGAUAUUUUUCUUCAUGGUCUCACAGACGAUACAGAACUUCAGCCUGUCAUCUUUGGUCUUUUUCUAUGCAUAUACUUGAUUACCAUCUUUGGAAAUCUUCUUAUAAUGUUGGCCAUCAACUAUGACUCCCACCUCCAUACACCCAUGUAUUUCUUUCUCUGUAAUCUUUCUUUUAAUGACAUGUAUUUAAUCACUAUCACAGUCCCAAAGAUGUUGGUGAAUAUACAAACACAGGAUCAGAGGAUUACUUUUGCUGGCUGCCUCAGCCAGGGCUGCUUUGUUGCAGUUUGUACCAUCUUUGAGUGUUUUCUCCUUGGAGUAAUGGCCUAUGACUGCUAUAUAGCCAUUUGUUAUCCUCUAAGAUACACUGUCCUCAUGAAUUCCUGUUCCUGUGUUAUUCUGGUUCUUAUCUCUUUAGUUGUUAGUAUUGUAAAUGGUCUGCUGCAUAGUCUAUUGGUGCUACACUUGUCAUUCUGCAUAGAUCUGGAAAUCUUCCACUUCUUCUGUGAAAUUGCACAAAUCAUCAAGCUUGCCUGUUCUGACAGCCUCAUCAACAACAUUUUGAUAUUUGUUACAGCUUCUGUUUUUGCUGGUGUUCCUCUAUUUGGAAUAAUUUUCUCUUAUGUUCACAUUGUUUCUACAGUACUGAAAAUGCCAUCAUCAGAAGGAAAGUACAAAGCUUUUUCCACUUGUGGGUCUCACUUGUCAGUUGUUUCCUUGUUCUAUGGGACAGGUUUUGGUGUAUACAUUACCUCCAGAGUAAUUGAUUCACCAAAGAAGAUUGCUGUGGCUUCAGUGAUGUACUCAAUAAUUCCUCCAAUGAUGAAUCCCUUUAUUUAUAGUAUGAGGAACAGGGAUAUAAAGGAGGCACUGAAGAAGGUAAUUGGUAGGAGAGCUUCUUUUCCCUGAUGUGUGGUGAAGCUUUGGCUUGGCUGU